UAUCGACAUUAAAAGCAGCGGCAGCGGUAGUGAUCGAAAGAAAAUAAAGACAAUUUUUGCAAUUGAAUUUUCGGCGUUAUAGUAAUAUUAGUAGAUGUUUUGCGACUACAUAUAAUUAACUUGAAGAAAGUGCAAGUUUGUUUACGAUAGUGUUGUGCUGAAAUACAGCAUUGUACAACACGUUUUUUGGUAAAAGAAACGACAAGGGAGGUACUCCGUACGACGACAGUCAAGCAUCCAGCUGAAGCACCACCAAUCAGUUGCGAACGUCAGAGUAGUAGUAGAAGCGUAAAGUUAGAUCGAAGGGUAUUUUUGCCCAGCUGAAAAUUCUUUGAGCGAUUGAGUAAGAUAACAGCGUAUAUUUUUGGUAAUUUCUUGAAUUAAACCAGUAGAAGUAGUAGGGCCACAAUCGCCGCCGUCACCAUAAGCGCCGCUGGUGCAGUGCGGAGCGCGAACUAUGAGCGCCGCUAAAAAAUAUAAGGCUAUGGACACAGGUGACCAAUUACAGGACACGGAGAAUUUUACAAAUAAUCGUUUAAAGAAACAAGGCGAUAACCACUUUUACAGUCCUUCCACAUCGGCUCGUUGUGCACUGGGGCAAAAUCUAAAUCAACCAUCAGCAACAUCAACUUCACAACUGCCAUUCAACAUGAACAAUAGUAAUAGCAGUUUGGGCGCAGGUAAUAACACUAAUGGUGAAAGACGUGCCAAUUUUUCGAUGUUAGAUGGGGCACACAUGAACGAUCAUCGCUCAGCCACAACUACCUCAGCGUACUUCAAUAAGAUGGGCGCAAAUAAUGCAUCUAAGCCGGGGGAUGUUAAAAAAAUUGUAAUAAAGAACUUCAAGGUGAAACCUACACUGCCGGACAAUUAUUCGGAACACACAUGUGAAAAAUUGCAGGAAGCCGUUGUCGCAAUUCAACUAUCUAAGCCGAUUAGGUACUCAUUGGAAGAACUGUAUCAAGCUGUGGAAAACAUGUGCAGUCAUAGGAUGGACGCGCAGUUGUAUGCAAAACUUAAGGAACUCACAGAAGCCCAUGUGAAACGUAAUGUCGAGUCAUUUACAGGCGGUAGCAUGGAUAAAUUGGUAUUUUUGAAAAAGAUAAACGGAUGGUGGUUGUCGUUUUGCCAACAAAUGAUAAUGAUGCGCAGUAUAUUUUUGUACUUGGAUCGGACUUAUGUUUUGCAAAACCCUACUGUACACUCUAUAUGGGAUAUGGGUCUGGAUCUCUUUCGAACUCAUAUAGCCAUGAACGACCAGGUUCAAAAACGUACUGUGGAGGGCAUACUUAUGCUAAUCGAAAAAGAGCGCACAGGCGAUGCGGUCGAUAGGGGAUUAUUAAAAAGUCUCGUCCGAAUGUUAUGUGAUUUGCAAAUUUAUGUUAGUGCAUUCGAAGACAAAUUUCUGAUUGCUACAAAGCAAUUGUAUCAGGCAGAAGGACAGCGAAAAAUGCAAGAAAUGGAUGUACCCGAGUAUUUACGGCAUGUGGACAAACGAUUAGCCGAGGAAAAUGAACGCCUAUUACACUAUUUAGACUCUAGUACUAAGUAUCCCUUGAUUUAUACUGUAGAGAAGGAGUUACUCGCCGAACACCUCACACAGAUCCUGCAAAAAGGUCUGGACACACUCUUGGAAGAGAAUAGACUGAGUGAUCUCACACUGUUAUACAGCCUUCUAAGUAGAGUCAAAAACGGUACCGCUGAGCUGUGCGGCAACUUCAACGGUUAUAUUAAGAAAAAGGGCCGUACCAUCGUUAUCGACCCAGAGAAAGAUAAAAGUAUGGUACAGGAUUUGCUGGACUUUAAGGAUAAAAUGGAUGUGAUUGUGCGCAAUUGUUUCGAGCAUAAUGAAAAAUUCACGAAUUCUUUGCGAGAGGCUUUCGAGUUCUUCAUAAACCAGCGAGCUAAUAAGCCAGCCGAAUUAAUAGCCAAGUAUGUUGAUAUGAAGCUGCGAGCUGGUAACAAGGAAGCUACGGAGGAGGAGCUUGAACAAAUACUUGAUAAAAUAAUGGUGCUAUUUCGUUUUAUUCAUGGAAAAGAUGUUUUUGAGGCAUUUUAUAAAAAGGAUUUGGCAAAACGUUUACUGGUUGGAAAAUCAGCAUCGGUGGAUGCUGAAAAGAGCAUGUUGUCCAAGUUGAAGCAGGAGUGUGGAGGCGGAUUCACAUCGAAACUGGAAGGCAUGUUCAAGGAUAUGGAAUUAAGUCGGGAUAUCAACAUAGCGUUCAAGCAGUAUGUCGGAAACAUGGACGGAGAGAUAACCAGCAUGGAUUUGACUGUCAAUAUUCUUACAAUGGGCUAUUGGCCUACCUACCCGCUGACGGAAGUUACCAUGCCACCACAACUAGUUAAACCGCAACAAGUUUUUAACAAGUUUUACUUAGCUAAACACAGCGGACGAAAGCUACAAUGGCAGCCGACACUAGGCAAUUGUGUGCUAAAAGCUCAGUUCGAUGCGGGGCCAAAAGAAUUGAUGGUUUCAUUGUUUCAAGCGCUUGUUCUUUUGCUAUUCAACGAUAAAAACGCUUUGAGUUUUGAGGAUAUUGUAGCUGCUACAAAUAUAGAAGAUGGAGAACUGCGGAGAACAUUACAGUCGUUGGCGUGUGGUCGAGCGCGUGUUAUUACUAAAACACCGAAGGGACGUGAGGUGGAAAAUAAAGAUUUGUUCCAAUAUAACAAUGAAUUUACAAAUAAAUUAUUCCGCAUCAAAAUUAAUCAAAUCCAAAUGAAGGAAACGACGGAAGAGCAGAAAGCUACAGAAGAGCGUGUUUUCCAAGAUCGACAGUAUCAAAUUGAUGCAGCUAUUGUGAGAAUAAUGAAAAUGCGUAAAACGCUUAGUCAUAAUCUACUCAUUGGCGAACUUUUCAAUCAACUUACAUUUCCCGUUAAGCCUGCUGAUUUAAAAAAACGUAUCGAAUCGCUUAUAGACCGCGAUUAUAUGGAACGCGAUAAAGAUAACCAAAAUCAAUAUAAUUAUGUUGCAUAAAUUUUGAUUUAUGUGGCUACGUACAGCAGUUGGAAACUCUCGGAUGCACUCACAUUUCUCCAUAAUCCCCAUAUUACAUGUAAACAUUAUUUAAUUCGCAACCUGAAACACAAAACAAAACAAAAACCGAGCGGUUUCUCAUAUCAUUUCUUUUUGCUUUACAAAUGUAAAACAGUUUUAAUGUCGUUAUAUAAAACAGCAUAUCCGGCCAAAUUGAAAUGAUAAAAAAUAUUCUAAUUAAGCUAUCGGUAAAAGGAAAAUUCUAUUUUCUGGUUGAUUUGGCCCGAUUUGCACACUAGAUGAGAAGAGGUGAGCCAAGGUGAGAUCCGAAAGAGCAGUGACCUUUCUGCACAUAAAGAAAUUAUAAUUUUCUUUAAAAAUUUUUUUUUUUUUUUACUUUUGCGUAUUGCAAUUGUAUUUAAUAUGUCUAUUAAAAUGAAGCAGCUUCUUUUGUAUGUACACACCUGUUGCUUUUUGCUCCUAUUCUAUCUAGCUUUGUUAUGAUGGCAAAUGUGAACGCAAUGCAGAGGAUUUAGUGUCAGUGAACGAAAAAUAUUUUUUAAAUCUUUGAAGUCGAACUAAGUGGGGAAUGUAAGUAGAUGCUUAUGCAUAGGUACGUUUAGUGUUAAAUGAGUUUAUAUAAUUCGGAGGAAUACCGUGUUUAGCAAACAAAUAAAAACAAAACUUGUUCUCUUUUGAUAAUUUAAA